ACCGCGCCGGCGUCGACCCCGGCUGCAGGAUUCGUUCGGAUCCUUCGAAACGCACGAUGAUGCUCUCAUCGAGGCACACGCGCCUCGCGCUCGCGCUCCUCGCGAUGCUCAUCGCGGCGCUGGCCCAUCCCGCCGCGGCGCAGUCGGUUGCGAAGAUCCCGACCCGCCACGUCGAGGGCGGCGACGCGGUCGCCGCGCUGGCCCUGCCGCGCCGGCCGAUCGCGCCCCUCGUCAACGACCCCACGAUCGUUGACCAAGAUGCCAUUCCCGUCGCGGCAUCAACCGCGACGGACGGUCCCGCGCCGAGGGCAGCCAUGGGCGAGGCGCAGGAGACGCCCGCGCUCCAUCCGAUGAGGCCGAUGCGGCCCGCGGACGCGACGACGACCGCCGCGGGUGAGGCCGCGCCGGCGCUCACGCCCAUCAGGCCCGCGGUCGUGGACCCCACGCCCGCGCAGACCGAACGUGUCGCGGCGAAGCCGGACCCGUCCCAGCUCCACCCGAUGCGCCCCCUCCGACCCAUGCGACCCGUCGCGACGACCUCAUCGGAUGUGGCGAACGUCGGGUUGGACGAGUCCCGGGUUUCCAAGGUUGACGCGGUGCAAGCCGUCGCCGCCGCGGAGGUGGCGCUCGAGAAGGCCGAGGAGGCGACGGACGGCGUUAAACGCGAUCCGGAGGCGCAGGGCCUUCUCCACGAGGCCGAACGGGUCCUGGCGAAGGCCGAGAUGGAGGCUGAGAUGGAGGAUGGAGACGUGCAGGCGGACAUGGGCGGUCGGGAGAUUGGGAAGGAUGGCGAAGGCGCGGGCGGGUCGGGGGCGGGGAUGGAGAAUAACAGGGAGUACGACCGGUGGUACAGCACGACGCCGCCGUGGGUGCUUGCGACGUGCGCGGGCGUCGGCGCGGGGCUCGUGCUCAUAGUGUUCCAGACGGUGUGCCAGGGAGUGAACCGGGGGUGCGAGGGGGCGCCGGAGGUGCGGUCCCUCGUGAGCGACGACUACGCCAAGCCGCCGCCGCCGUCCAAGUACGGAGCCGCCGGCACAACCCCGGUGUGAUUUAGCCGUCUUAAACGACUGAAGUCUUACACG